GGGGCGACUCCGCGGCGGCCAUCUUGACUGUGGGCAGCCGGCCGUGCGCCUGCGCGGUGGCCCUUUCAUCCCGGCAGUCGUGGCUGCGGCGCUGAGGCGACAGGUUGGUGGGUGUCUCCGGCCACAAUGACCCAGGCUGAGAAGGGUGACACGGAGAACGGAAAGGAGAAAGGCGGCGAGAAGGAGAAGGAGCAGCGCGGCGUGAAGCGGCCCAUCGUGCCCGCGCUGGUGCCGGAGUCGCUGCAAGAGCAAAUCCAGAGCAACUUCAUCAUUGUCAUACAUCCGGGUUCAACAACUUUAAGGAUUGGUCGAGCCACAGACACUCUUCCUGCCAGCAUUCCUCACGUCAUUGCCCGAAGACACAAACAACAAGGGCAGCCCCUAUACAAGGACAGUUGGCUCCUAAGGGAGGGACUAAAUAAACCAGAAAGUAAUGAACAAAGACAAAAUGGCCUUAAAAUGGUGGAUCAAGCAAUAUGGUCUAAAAAGAUGUCCAAUGGUACAAGACGCAUUCCUGUGUCCCCUGAACAGGCACGCUCCUACAAUAAGCAGAUGCGACCUGCAAUUUUAGAUCACUGUUCGGGAAAUAAGUGGACAAACACAUCUCAUCACCCUGAGUAUUUAGUAGGAGAAGAGGCCUUGUAUGUUAAUCCACUGGACUGUUACAAUAUUCACUGGCCUAUCAGAAGAGGUCAGUUAAAUAUUCACCCAGGCCCUGGGGGCUCUCUUACAGCUGUUCUGGCAGAUAUUGAAGUAAUAUGGUCUCAUGCAAUACAAAAAUACUUGGAAAUCCCACUGAAAGAUUUAAAGUAUUAUAGAUGUAUCUUGUUAAUUCCUGAUAUCUAUAAUAAGCAGCAUGUGAAGGAACUAGUGAAUAUGAUACUAAUGAAGAUGGGUUUUUCAGGGAUUGUGGUCCAUCAGGAGUCUGUGUGUGCCACCUAUGGAAGUGGCUUAAGCAGCACGUGUAUUGUAGACGUUGGGGACCAGAAGACAAGUGUAUGCUGUGUGGAGGAUGGGGUGUCUCAUCGGAAUACUCGGCUUUGUCUGGCAUACGGAGGAUCUGAUGUGUCAAGAUGUUUUUACUGGCUAAUGCAGCGAGCUGGGUUCCCUUACAGAGAAUGCCAGUUAACAAAUAAAAUGGAUUGUCUUCUUCUGCAACACCUUAAAGAAACUUUUUGUCAUUUAGAUCAGGACAUCUCUGGGCUUCAGGACCAUGAGUUUCAGAUUCGACAUCCUGAUUCUCCUGCCCUGCUUUACCAGUUUCGAUUAGGAGAUGAAAAACUGCAGGCUCCAAUGGCUUUGUUUUACCCCGCAACUUUUGGAAUUGUUGGACAGAAAAUGACGACUUUGCAGCACAGAUCUCAGGGCGAUCCUGAGGAUCCUCACGAUGAACAUUACCUGCUGGCCACACAGAGCAAACAAGAACAGUCUGCAAAAGCUACUGCUGACCGAAAGUCUGCAUCCAAACCUAUUGGAUUUGAAGGGGAUCUUCGUGGCCAGUCCUCUGAUCUUCCAGAAAGACUCCAUUCCCAGGAGGUAGAUUUGGGGUCCGCACAGGGAGAUGGCCUGAUGGCCGGCAACGAUUCCGAGGAGGCCCUCACUGCACUGAUGUCCAGGAAGACUGCCAUCUCGCUGUUUGAAGGGAAAGCCCUGGGCCUGGAUAAAGCCAUCCUCCAUAGCAUAGACUGCUGUUCAUCUGACGACACCAAAAAGAAGAUGUACAGCUCCAUCCUAGUGGUGGGAGGUGGUUUGAUGUUUCAUAAAGCUCAAGAAUUUCUGCAGCACAGAAUUCUCAACAAAAUGCCACCAUCCUUCAGGCGAAUUAUUGAAAAUGUGGAUGUGAUCACAAGGCCUAAGGACAUGGACCCCCGGCUGAUUGCAUGGAAAGGAGGGGCAGUGUUGGCUUGUUUGGAUACAACACAGGAACUGUGGAUUUAUCAGCGAGAGUGGCAGCGCUUUGGUGUCCGCAUGUUACGAGAACGGGCUGCAUUUGUGUGGUGAAUGGGGAGGAAAUGUCACUGCCGAAGACCAAAAACAAGCUUCUUGGUACCAUCGCACACACUGUUGACGUCAUUGGAAAGAAGGAAGACGACUUUGUCUGCUGCCUUCUUUUGAGUGGCAAGCCACUGCACUGGACCCAUCUCUGCUAUUUUCUUUUUCUGCCACUUUUCAAGGAUGACCUCACUUCUGCAAUGGUUUUGAAGAAAUUCAGUGAAGUAACAAAUUGUGUGAUGGAAACAUAUUUCAGAUGGGUAAACCACAAGAACCUUAAUGGGGGGCAGUAGUGUGGUGGUAGAAAAGGAAGUCUUCUUGAUCCUUUCUGUGAGGGGAGAAAAGCAUUUGUUAUCUGUGAACAGCAAACAGCAGGCUUUCACUCUGUAAACCAUCCCUGACAAAUGAUCCCUUGCUAGAGAAUGUCAGCUGAGCACCAAGGGCCUUGUUAGUGACAGCAAGGAAAAACAUCCUGAUGUUCCUUUUGAACACAUCACCUGAAACACACUGAUGCUUAAACCUUCACUUUUUUUUUUUUUGGAGACAUAGUCUCACUCUGUCGCCCAGGCUGGAGUGCAGUGGCGUGACCUCGGCUCACUACAACCUCCGCCUCCUGGGUUCACGCCAUUCUCCUGCCUCAGCCUCCCGAGUAGCUGGGACUACAGGCGCCCGCCACCACGCCUGGCUAAUUUUUGUACUUUUAGUAGAGACGGGGUUUCACCCUGUUAGCCAGGAUGGUCUCGAUCUCCUGACCUCGUGAUCCGCCCGCCUGGGCCUCCCAGAGUGCUGGGAUUACAGGCGUGAGCCACUGCACCCUGCCUUAAACCUUAACUUUUUAAACCUUAUUUUAAAAGCAGUAUUUUCUAAGUCCCUCUCACUAAAACAAUCCUCUCAACCAAGCCUUCUCUUUUCAGAUAAAUUCAUAGAAACUUUAGGUUUAAGAUACUUUGUUGGCCAGGUGUGGUGGCUUACACCAGUAAUCCCAGCACUUUGGGAGGCCAAGGCUGGUAGAUCACUUGAAUCCAGGAGUUCCAGACCAUUCAGGGCAACAUGGCGAAACCCCAUCUCUACAAAAAGUACAAAUAUUAGCUGGGCUUGAUGGCAUGCAUCUGUGGUCCCAGCUACUCAGGCGGCUAAGGUGGGAGGUUCACUUGAGCUCAGCAGGCAGAGGUUGCAGUGAGCCAAGAUCACACCAUUCCACUCCAGCCUGGGCAACAGAGUGAGACCCUGUCUCAAAAAAAAAAAAAACAACUUUGUUUGAGGUGUGUGAUUGUAACCUCAGUACUUUUAGUGCUGUAUAUGAACAGGGACACUUGACCUCUGCACUUCACAUUUUGAGUCGGGUCAAUUAGGUAGUUGCUUGUACUGUCUUCUACCUGCAGGUGGUAGAGUUUCUUUAUAGUUCCCAAAGUUAAGUGGCACCCCUUUUCAGCCCCUGGAACUUAACCUGGAAUUCUGCCCUAUACGGUGCUGUAAAACAGAAACCAUGUUUGAAACUACUGUAACGAAUACAGGUCAGACAGCAUCCCUAAAUGUAAGAAUUCCUGAGGUCCAGGUGCCCCUGUGGCUUUCUUUUAGCUUAGAACAUGGAGUUAAUCUCAUUUUAUUUACAACAUCACAAAUGACUCAAAGGAUGCAUUUGUAUUUCCUUUCCUACAUAUGGAGAAGAGGAGUUUUUUCAAUAGCUCUGCCUUGAGCUGAGUAUGUAAAUGCUGUGGUUUCUGUAUUCAAAUACUUCAUGUUUUGAAGUUAGCAAAGCCCUUAGUACAGCUGACCCUUGAACAACACAGUGGGGAGGGGCACCAGCCCUGCAUGCAGUUGAAAAUCUCCUAUAACCUUUGAUUUUCCCACAACUUAACUUCUAAUAGCCUACUGUUGACUGGAAGUCUUAGCAAUAACAAACAGCCAAUUAACACAUAUUUUGCAUGUUAUGUGUAUUAUGUGCUAUAUUAUAAUAAAGUAAGCUAGAGAAAAAAUGUAAUUAAAAUCAUGAGGAGAAAAGAUAUUUACUAAUUCAUUAAAUGGAAGUGGACCAUCAGAAA